GGGGAAAAAGUCUUCGAGUGCAAGGUCUUCAAUUGCCAGGCGAAGCGAAACCCACAACUGAAGCCGCCGAGUCCUCUCUCUUUUCCAAGAAGAGAAAAAGUUGGAAGCCUUCUGCAGUGACUGAGCGUUUAUUAUUUCAUCCUAACAUCUAUGGCGGACGAAGAGCCUGUUGAUCCAAAGAAGUAUCUUGAAGAAUCUUGCAAGCCUAAGUGUGUGAGAUAUUUGCGUGCAUAUGAGGCAUGUGAGAAUAGGGUCAAAGAAGAUGAAACUGGACAUAAACACUGUACGGGGCAGUAUUUUGACUACUGGUCUUGUGUUGAUAAAUGUGUUGCCCCAAGGCUUUUUACUAAACUGAAGUGAUCUGGAGGUAGCAUAAAGUGUUUACCUCAUUGUCAUCUUAUUUUCUUUCUCUCUGCAACACCAUUUUAACUUCUACCAAAUGUUUGGUUGGCUCAUUUUUCACCUGAGACUAUAUGUUGCUGUUUGGCUCUAUUCCCAGGCAACUAUCUUUUUUUGAACACUUGAGAUUUCUCCCUUAGAAUAAAGGAUGGUUUUGUGGGCUGUUUGCUUUGUUUA